GCGAAGCAAUUCGUGUACAUUCAGUAGCUAUCGGUCUGGCACAGAACUACCAAAUAUGAGGCCAUCAUCUCAGCCAAUUACAGUCAACGUCUUCGUCCGCUCUCCCGACACUCGGUCAGAGAGACGGUUUGAUCUUAGCUUGACAAUCGGGCAGCUAAAGAAUAAGCUUGAACUCAUCACAGGCAUACCCGUUCCGAAUCAAGAGAUCUCUGUUCAGGCAUCUGAAGAUGCACCCGAAUCGCUGGGGGUCCUCGCGGACGAUAGCAAGCCCUUGGGUUACUACGGAAUCCGCGACUGGCAAGUGCUGAUGGUGAAUGAUUUGAAUCCUGCUACCUCGCUUACUGGGCAACUUCACGACACGUCCCAAGUUGACAAAUUCGAGCUGACCGCGACGGAGUAUGCUCAAAGACAAGACACUGUGCUCGCAUAUAAGCAGCGCAACAAGAUCGGACGUUUCGCAGACAAGCCUGAGGAGGAGAUCAAGGAGCCGGAGACCGUGGACUUCCCGAUCGGCGCGCGUUGCGAAGUCGAGUCGACUGAGGAAGACUUCCGCAAGCGCGGUACGAUUAGGUUUGUUGGACCGACCGAAUUCGCCAAGGGCGUGUGGGUGGGGAUCGAGUAUGACGAACCCAUAGGCAAGAAUGACGGAUCCGUCAAGGGCAAGAAGUACUUCGAGUGUCCACCAAACAGCGGCGUGUUCGUCAAGCCCGAGAGGGUCAAAGUCGGCGACUUCCCGGUGGAAGAAAUCAACUUUGACGACGAGGAGAUGUAAUAUGAACGCAUCCGAGUUGUACCCUCGCGAGGGAGGCUUCUGCUUGAGCAUUCUCUGACUGUGUCGGUCUUCGCGUUCGUCGAUGAUUGUAAUUGUAAGACACUAUAUAUACAUUGUGCGCGCUGCACGAAGUACCAGUGCUACCGCAGCGCUGUCGUACUACGCAGUGGUUAUUC